AUGAGCCGCGCCGCAAACCCAAACAAAGCCAAGAAAACGUCAGAAGAACUGGAGGUCGAUUCGGUGGCAAAAAAGCAAAAGGCCGAGAAAGAAAGGAUUCGCAAACUCAUUAUAACUUUAGGUGACGAGAACAAAAAGGUUGUCUCACAAAUCCGGGGUUUGGCCGCAGCUCUGGAGGAUGAUAUUGAGCUGCAUGGAGCGCUGAUUCAACGAAGUGUACUGGAUUGUGCGAAAUGUUUGCCGGUCAAGUCUGGAAUCUAUGCAGCAUGGUUGUCGAAGAUGGCCGACAAACAUCCACAAUGGGCGACCGGUGUGGUGUUGGGUGCUUUGGACGAUUUGCGCGCCGCUAUUCAAGGCGGUCGGACAACGAACGCGCAAUUGCUGUUGCGCUUCCUUGUGUCCUUGGCCAGCACGGGUGUCGUGGGCGUGGAUGCGGUGUUGGGCUUGUUGCAGGAGGUGAUGGGCCUCUCUCACGGCUUGCCGCCAAACAAGGGAGGUGAUUUUGGUUGUUUUAUGGCCCUUGCACAGCUUCCUUUCCUGAGCGCAUCUGCGUACCAGCAGGGCAAGGAUACGGUGGCUGGUCUGGUCGCAGACGCGUCGAAGUACAUUCAAAGCCGAGAUCCCAGAUGGAAACCCUUGCUGGAAAUGAUGAUAGGCAGUGGGCUUCCAGACAGGUUGGAGGAGAUCCAGAAGGCUGUGCAAUCACUUUCUGACACUGGCUGGUCGUCACAGGUUGUUCUCCACGUGCCUGGUUGUCAGCCAGCUUCUGACCGCGUAGUUGGCGUGCCCGACCUCAAGCUGGGCAUCGGCCAAGAUGAUUUCCGGAAAAGCCGAGUGCGGCUGCAGGUUCCAUUAGUGGCAGCAAGACUUCUCACAUCACGCAUGGAUGCGGCCGCGCCGUUGUCUGCUACUGAUAGAUGGGUCUUGGAAGAUUACGUCUUGCUCACACUGGAUAUGUUUUCUUGUGACAUUGAAGAGUGCAGCAAGCAGCUGUUGCGAAUACCGGUCUUGCAUCCCCACUUCGAGGCUGCAGUGGUGGAAGUUCUGUUCUGCCAAAUGCUUCAGCUGCCUGUGCCAAGGCUGCCUCCGUUGUUUUAUUCUCGGUUGCUCGAGGUGUGUGCGGAGAAGCAGGCUUCAAUGAACAAGCUGAUUGAUGAGGCCUUUCAGGCAUUGUUUUCGAAACUGCCAGACCUGGAUGAGGAUUGCCUGGAUGCGCUUGCGGGCACUUUUGCGUGUCGUUUGUCCAAGAACUCGUUCCAGGCCGACUGGAGCUUGUUUGUCGGGACGGAAGCCACCUGUGAGGCAAAGCGAUUUGCCAAGAUGACCUUCCAGAAGUUGCAACGUCUGUUGGAACAUCACAACAUGAUGCACAGACUGCCCGAGGCGUUGCACGUGUUGGCACCAUCAGAACCGAAACCGGCAAGUGGACUCGGAGUUGUUUCCAAGCCACAAUUCGGCCGCAUGAUCAAUCUUGUUCGCCUCAAGGAUGCCAACCCAGCAAAAGUUUUUGACUUUUGCCAGUGGCUGAUGAAGUCCACACCGAAGGCCGAGGACUUUGACCAAGUCGCCCCAGCUGAGGAGGGUGAUUUGCCUCAUCCCAAGCGACAAAAGACCGAGGUAAAACCUGAGGUCCAUGAGGACUUUGGGGAUCCACCCGCGCAGUCCUGGCCGCUGGAGGAAGUGGCCGAGCUUGUCCUGGCUGUCAUGCUGCAGCAGGGUCACAAGACCCCCACGCACAUGGCAAAGAUCCUGGAUGGGCAUGCCGAGGUUUUGAAGCAGUUGCGCCCUGCUGACGAGAGUGGGUCUCAAAGCUUCGGCAAGGCUUUGGCUCGCUGUGUCUUCGAGUUUUGGAGAGCGCAUGGGCAGCGGCUGGAGAUUACCAUUGACGCUCUGCUGAACAGAAAGGUGCUGGCACCUCGACAGGUUGUGGAGGUAGCGUUGAUGAGCAAGGAUUGUGACGAGUUGUACGUGUGGAAUGUCCUCCAUGCGGCUGCUAGAAAAUGUUUGGGCCGUCUACAGUCUGCCCGAACAGAGCUGGCGAUCGCCAAAAAACUGGUUGAGGAAGGCGCCCUGGAGAAACGUCGGACAGAACUGGAUGAAGCCAUCCAAGAAACGGCUGACUUGUUUCUCUCUAUCUUCACUGGCCUCGUUCGAAAUGUUGAGGAAGCUCGAGAAUCUCGGAGUGAUGAAAGCAACGGAAGCAUGUGCGAAAUCAGGUUGCGAAGAAUCACAGCCAUUGGUCGCAGAUACCUUGCAGACAUCAAGCCGCUGGUAGAUGCUGCAGGGAGCAAGAUUCCCGGAGUGUCUUGUAGCCCUGAUAUCGCCAAAGUGUUUGCGAUGCUGAGCACCUUGUGA